AUGGACGCCGACCACGGCGGCGGUGUAGACGAGGCGGAGGCGGCCUUCUUCGCGCGCCGGGGCAGCCGGUGCUGCUGCUUCCCCUGCUGGCCCUCCUCCGCGCCCUCCUCGCUGGGCGGGGAGGAGGAGCACUGGUGGCAGGGUGCGGUGGACGCGCUGCUCAAGGUGCGGGAGUGGUCGGAGCUGGCGGCGGGCCCGCGCUGGAAGACCUUCAUCCGGCGCUUCGGCCGCGGCCCCCGCCCGCACCACCACGCCUUCGGCGGCGCCCGCAAGCUCAACUACGACGCGCUCAGCUACGCGCUCAACUUCGACGAGGGCCACGGCGCCACCCCCGACGCCGGCGGCGACCACGCCGGCGGCUACCGCGACUUCUCCUCCCGCUUCGCCGCCCCGCCCGCCUCCGCCAAGUCCUCCAUGGACCUCGGCGGCCGCGACGCGCCGCCGCUCUUCCCCCCGCCGCCCGCCGACGGCGCCCCGCGGGCCUGA